AUGUUUGUCGAUACUCCUCCUGCAACGACGGAAGCCUCGGGACUUGGACAUCUCCCUAUUCCACGAGCAACGAGGAGGCCUACUCGAUCUACUGAGUCAGGUUCGAGGUCUCGACUUGUAGAUAUUUUUUCCGCUCCAAGUGCAGAGCCAAGGAGGGCCAGGUCGACCAUGGUCACUGUUCCUGAAGAUUGCAGUUUUUUGUCUCGCCUCGUGGGGGUGGCCAGUUAUCUACGACCUCUUGUGUCGGAGUCCGACAAAGAGAAGAUGGACGGACUCUCGUGGCAGUGCCUUCUCAACGAGGGUAUGCAUGCUGGCAACCGGGUUGUCGUGCUCGUGAACGAAGGUUUUCUUCUAGCUCAGCAUGAGAUAGAUGACUUACGGGCUCAGUUGGAUCCCCAGGGCCGAGUCACUGAGAAGUUCAAGCUUCUCCUCCAACAAAAGAAAGAUGAGUUGAGCCAUACCGUCGGUCCUCCAACCCUCCGAAUAGAGCUUGAAGCAGCUAAGGAGGAGAACUUUCGAUUAAAAAAUGAGCUUGAUGAUUCAGUCCACAAGAACAAAGUCCUAGAAAAGGACAAUAAGGAGCUCAGCCCGGGCAACUCCGAAUACGCCACAAAGCUUAGUGAGUUAGAGGCCACUAUCACCCAAUUGAGGGAAGUACUUGAUUCAAUCAAAGGCGAGGCUGCUAAGAUGGAGGAGAAGUUCAGGCAGCUCAAAGUCGAAAGGGCCACUGAGAAGGAAACCUUAAACGUUGCCCAAGAAAAGGUCGAGAUUCGAGCCCAGGCCUUUGAGGAACUUAAGAGUGAGAUCGAGGCCGCCAUUCGAGACAAUGAUGGACUUCAGGCCGAGCUGGCAUCUUCUAACGAGGUUCGGAUCACUCUGAGCGAUAUGAGGUCCGAGUUGGAGGAAAAAUUAAAGAAGACUCAGGCCGACCUGAAGGAAGCCCAUGAACAAAUUGAGGUUACCGAGGCUCGAUCCACCCUUCUAGUAGAAUAUGUGAAGUGGAAGUCUAGAAGAUCUACGCUCGAGGCAGCUCAACGAGGCAUUACGGAUAUCCCUGCUCGGAUUGCUGAGGCAAAAACAAUCGAGGAUAAAGCCAAGAAAGCUCUUGAAGAUAGCUCUGAGAAAGACCCAGAAGGGUCCGGCUCUGAUGACUUGGGCUCUUCUUUGACAGAUUAA